UAAAACUCCACGGCACCGUCGCAACAACUACGAGACAUCUCUCUCCCUGCACGUUUGCUCAAACCUGAUGGAGAGGCAGAAAAUGGAAAAAAAAAAGAAGAGAAAGUCCAGCUUUUUUGGCUGAAAGUCAUAAGAGCACCAGCGAACAAGCUGUUCCAUCUGGAGGAGGGAUGAGGGAGGAGGGGAGGACUGGGAGAGGUGAAGAGAGGGGAGUCACUCCUCGGAGGUCUGAUCAUGAACUCCAGGAUCCACUGACCAUGAUCCCCAGCCCGUUUCUGUCAUUUGUGCAGAAAUAUAACGGCUUCACGGACUGGAAGGCUCACAGACCCGGCCCUGGGCUGCAGGAAGGAAGAGAGUGUUUGCAGAUGUCACUAAAUGAAAACAUGAAAUAUGGCUCUCCUGAGAAAAAUUAACCGGGUCCUGGUGGUGCUGCUGGUUCUGCUGGUGUCGUUGGUUCUGUACAGCACGCUGCUCAGACCGUCCCCUCGGCCUAGUCGGGGUCACAGGAAGAGCUCGGGUGGUGCAGGACGACGUCUCCCUGCGGUCCAGUCCCCGGCAGACGAUGUGGUCUCCGUCGUCAUCUGUGCAUCGGAGGAGCGCAUGGGUGCAACCAUGGCAACCAUCAACAGCAUCAUCAGCAACACAGGAGCCAGUGUUUUCUUCUACAUUGUAACUCUUCGUGACGCUGUCAGACUUACAAGGAGGUACAUAGAGAAGACCAAACUGAAGGGGAUCCAGUAUAAGAUACUGGAAUUUAACCCCAUGGUUCUGCAAGGAAAGGUGAAGCCGGACUCCUCUCGACCGGAUCUCUUACAUCCACUCAACUUUGUCCGCCUUUACCUUCCCCUGCUGGACAUCAGCCACAAGAGAGUGAUAUACGUAGAUGAUGAUGUCAUCGUGCAAGGUGACAUCAAGGAUUUGUUUCAUGUCCAGCUGAAAUCAGGACACGCAGCUGCUUUUGCGUCCGACUGCGACCUGCCCCCCACGCACGAGAUGGUUCGCAGCAUCGGCAUGCAGACCACCUACAUGGGCUUCCUGGACUACAGGAAACAGGAAGUGAAGGACCUGGCCAUCAACCCCAACGACUGCUCCUUCAACCCCGGGGUGUUUGUCGCAGACAUCAAGGAGUGGAGGGAGCAGAAGAUCACCAAGCAGCUGGAGAGAUGGAUGGAGAUGAAUUUCAGGCUGAACAUAUACAGCAGUGCCAUGGCAGGAGGGGUGGUGACUCCACCCAUGCUGAUAGUCUUUCAUGACAAGUACACGACACUGGACCCUCUGUGGCACGUGAGACACCUGGGCUGGAGUCCGGACGCCCGCUACUCGGAGAACUUCCUGCAGGAGGUUCACCUGCUGCACUGGAACGGCCCGUUCAAGCCCUGGAACUAUCCGGCCGUCCACCUGGACCUGUGGGAGAAGUGGUUCCUCCCAGACCCGUCCAGAAGGUUCUCUCUGAAACGACCCGACACGGACAGCUGAGGCCUGCACAAGUUCUGGACCGUUCUGGACACACGGGACCUGGACCUGACAGGACCUGGUCGUCACCUCCUCCCAGUACUGGAGUUGAGGGGGGAUGAGGGGGAUGGCAUCCCCCCCCUGAAAUAAAAACGGUCCAAAUCAUCCCCCCCUGAAAUAAAAACGGUCCAAAUCAUCCC